AGGCAGGGAUGGGUUAACAGAGAUCAGCCAUGGUGGUGACCCAUCUUGCUCUGGAGCUGUGUUUUGAAAGGAAGAAGCUAAGGGGCUUCAGGUGCAAAUUGACCCGUACGGCCCACGGCUUACUGCCAGAGAGCUCAUGGAUAAUCGCAACCCAGAUCCUACUGCCAUACCUGGUGUCCGGCCUGGGAUUGGUGGCGGCUGGGAUAGUCAUGGAUGUAGUGCAACACUGGGAGGUAUUCAAGGAGGUCUCAGAGGUUUUUAUCUUGGUGCCAGCCCUGGUGGGGCUGAAGGGCAAUCUUGAGAUGACUUUGGCAUCCAGACUGUCAACAGCAGCCAACACGGGGCUGAUGGAUGAUGCUCAGCAGCAGUGGAGGUUGGUGUUCUGUAAUCUGGCUCUCAUUCAGGUCCAGGCCACAGUAGUUGGCUUCCUGGCAGCUGUUGCAGCGGUGGUUCUCGGAGGUCUGACCAAGGGAAGGGUGGAUGUCAUCCAGGCUGCUGUCCUCUGUGCCAGCAGCGUCACUACUGCUUUCAUCGCUGCGUUGUCUCUAGGUGUGGUGAUGGUGGCAGUGAUUAUUGGAUCCAGGAAAGUGGGCAUCAACCCAGAUAAUGUGGCCACACCAAUUGCUGCCAGCCUGGGAGACCUCAUCACUUUGUCUCUGCUUGCUGGUGUCAGCAGCCUCUUGUUCUGUUACAGAGACAUGUGGUAUCUGCCUCCUGCUGUGUGUGGCUUCUUCCUGCUCCUAAUCCCAGGGUGGGUCAUUAUUGCCCGUCGCUCUCCACCAAUCAGCGAGGUCCUGAAGUCAGGCUGGCAACCAGUCAUUCUGGCCAUGUCCAUCAGCAGUAUUGGUGGACUGAUUCUGGAUAAGACAGUGAGCAAUCCAAACUUUGAAGGCAUGGCAGUGUUUACUCCAGUCAUCAAUGGCGUUGGGGGAAAUCUGGUGGCUAUCCAGGCCAGCAGGAUGUCCACCUACCUCCACUACUGGAGUGUUCCUGGAGCUCUUCCAUCUACAAUGAGUGUGAAGUGUCCUGGACCUUGUGCUGCUCUCUGCUCCUCAGAUGUGAACUCCAAAUCAGCCAGAGUUCUGGUCCUUCUGGUAGUCCCGGGUCACCUCCUCUUCCUGUACGCCAUCCACCUCCUGCAGGGAGGCCAUACUGCCUUGACGCCCACCUUCAUCAUCUGCUACCUGUCUGUGGCUCUGCUUCAGGUGGUGAUUUUGCUGUACGUGGCCAGCCUGAUGGUGCGAUGGCUGUGGCGAAGGGGACUGGAUCCAGACAACUUCUCCAUUCCUUACCUCACAGCUCUGGGUGACCUGCUGGGGACUGGUUUCUUGGCUCUGAGCUUCAGACUAAUGCUGACUGUCAGUUCUGCUGGGACUGGAGUUUAACACAGACACUUGUUCCCUCACACCCUGAGUGUACUGUUCCCUUUAUGCAAGAGACUGAAACACACUUGCAAAGCUCACUGGAUUUAGAGAGGAAGGUGAAUAGGUACAGUAAGUAUGACGUUGUCAUGAAGUACGCCUCAAUACUGAGCGUCCAAUAGGACAGAAUCCUUUUUUUUUGCAAGCAGCAUAUCCAAUUUAUAUUUUGUUGACAAAUAAUUACACAAAGAAUAAUUUCAUUUGCGCAAACACAGAUCUAAUCUGGGCUCAGUGAAUGCAUCUGUGUGUUUGCUAUUAUCCAUAUAAGGGGACAGUAAUAACCUCUCACUCAGUUUUACUCAUUUGCGCUCUUAUUUCCUGCUCUGUGUGCUCUUCUUGGACACCUGCUCACUGUGUCUCUCUCAACAUCUCUGCUUGCCUCAGCCUGACACAGUGUUACUGUGUGUCCUCACAGAAAGCGAGAGGGAAAUCACAGAAAGAACCAAACUUUCUGUUGAGCUCAGUCAGAGGCUUGAUAGCUUAGCUUACAUGAAUUACUACAAACAGUCAAGCGGUCAAAAUCGUGCACUUUACAUGCUGUCUGAACACACCUAUACAGAGUGCCACAAUUUCAGGUCAGAAAUGUGUUGCUGUUCUGUCUUCAGUCCAAUUGCAGGUAGGAUUGUCUGUUAGUAAGAAAGUAGGGGAGCACUGGGGAAAUGGUACGUAUUUAUAAAAUUCCAUUUGUAUGUUAGUCUUUACCUAGCUGUCUUAGUAGGUAGAUAGCUAACAGUUGCCAGAUAAGCAGAAGCUAACUAAGCUAGCUGGCUAACUUGAUAAAUGCCAGCUAUCACUAUUUAAGGAUUUAUAAUCAUGGUUUCUUUCAUAAAAAGUGACCAUAAAUGUU